AUAUCCUUCCUCCGUCGGUCCAGUGGAUUCGCUGCGGAGUUCAUGGCUGUCCACACUGUCCAACAUAUGGUCACAGCCUCACCGACCUCGGUGUGGACACACAGGAAAGUCUAACGUGUUAAGCAAGAGUGAGGCCAUGUUGAUUGUCCAACCGGACCGUAACUUGCUUCCAGGAGACGCUCCAAUUGGUUCUCUGGGAAAUACUGUUAGAUCGGGCUUGCACAGGUCGACUUGAGCCUGAGGAAUAUCUUCAAGUUGACCGGAUCCAUUUCAACUCUCUGUAGAGUUAUAAAGGAGCUGAUCGAGCCAAGUGCUGAGCAAAUCAGAGCAGCUUGCAAUAACAGAGACGAAACAAACAGUUGUCGGGCCUGAUUCGAAAUCCUUUUUUAAUCCCCACACAGAGCAGUUGCUGCUGUGAGAUUCAAAAAUGGCGACGAAAUCUCUUCUCCUAGCCUUGGUCUGCCUCUCUUCAAUCACGAUUCUCGCUCAGGGCAAAUGCGUUUACACCAUAUUCGUCAAAACAGGAUGGUACCCCAAGUCGGGCACCGAUUCCUCCAUCAGCGUGGAGUUCUUUGACAGCAAUAGGAAUUCCUACAAAAUCGACAACCUCACUCAGUGGGGAGCUACUCUCUUGGACGCCGAUCACCGCUACUUCGAGCGGACCCAGUUGGAUGUGUUCUCCGGGUUCGGUGACUGCUUCGACAAUUCCAUCUGUGGCGUGAACGUGACAUCCGAUGGGAGUGGAACACACCACGGUUGGUACUGCGAAUAUGUCGAAGUCACCACUUCAGCGGCAGGUCGGAGCUGCAACAAUCACCACUUCGAGAUCGAGCAGUGGCUGGCCACCGAUGCUUACCCUUAUUCCCUGACUACCUACAGAGAUGAUUGUGUCUCUCCUUCCUUGACCUCUGCCAAGUCUGCUCGCCUAGAGCUCCCUCACUGAGUGAAAAGUGCCCGGCAGGGGUGCAGCGAGAAUCCGUUCAAAUACCAAAAUUAUGAGGUUGAAGAGGACCAGGCUUACACAUACGUAUCUAUUUUCCUCCUUCCCACGGAGAGUAUAAUUUCUCGCGCGUGGAAGGAGACAAGGCCUAUGUUGCUGGAAACGUAAAAAUCUGAAAACCUGAAAACAAAAGCUUGUGCUGCCUCAAAAGCAGGACCAAAAUUGCCUUGUGUACUAUAUUAAAAACUUUAAAGAGAAGAAAAAAAAUUAUACCCG